AAGACGUUUCUGUUUCCUAGGCGAUGGGGCACCCACAACAUCGGGAGGCAAGCUGUUCCACUGCUUAAUGGUUCUCGCCUUCAGGAAAUUCCUCAUUGUUUCCAGGUUGGAUCUCCCUCUGACGGAUUCAUUUUGUGUGGAGUUUGGAAGAUGACACCAAAGCACGAAAAGCAAGAAUUUAUUACGGUCUUGGUUCGAGACCCACGGCUACAAAAGGAAGACUUCUGGCAUUCAUAUAUAGAUUAUGAGAUCUUCAUUCAUACAAACAGCAUGUGUUUUACGAGAAAAAUGUCUUGUGUCCGACGGCGCUUUCGAGAAUUUGUGUGGCUGCGUCAGAGGCUUCAGAGCAAUGCGGUGCUAAUACAAUUACCAGAACUUCCACCAAAAACACCUUUUUUUAACACAAAUAAUCCCCAUCAUGUGGACCAGCGGCGGCAAGGACUGCAAGAAUUUCUCCAAAAGAUUCUCCAGAACCCGCUCUUGCUUUCGGACAGCAGACUUCACCUCUUCGUACAAACCCAGCUAAGCCCUGAAGAAAUUGAGGCUUGUGUAUCUGGACAGACAAAAUACUCAGUUGCUGAAGCCAUUCAUGAGUUUGCCUGUUUGAAGCGACGGUUUCCUAUAGAACAUGAAGAAAGGAAAGAAGAGGAAAAUCAUGCAGAUUCAGAUUCUGAGAGUUCAUCCUCGGGGCCUGGACAGAGUAGUGAUGAUAGCAAUUCACAUGGAUGUAAAAGCACGGUUGCUGAAGAACCCUGAAAUAUCUGUACAUUGCCAUCACUGUAAUGAACUUCUAUUAUGGUUGGAAGUUGCAUGUGACACCGUUCACCCAGUUGCCAAGGCGUGUAUUUUCAGCUUUCAAAACAGUUUGUCAAAUCAUUUGUUUUCCAAGGUAUGCACUAUAAUAUUAAAUGAUGCAAAUGUUGUCUGUGAGAUUUCUUGAUGUGAUGUCGGAGUGUACUAUAAAAUAAUGUGGAAAACCCUACAGUCGGAUGCUUUAAAAUAUAUUUGAAAAUCUACUGUCUCAAAGAUCAGAGAAUUAUUUUCUUUUAUUUAUUUUCAGUGGCAAUACACUUACCUUUCCAAUACAGUGUUUGUUAGCAACAUAACUCAAUUGCUGUUGUUGAAACCAAAAUCUCUCAAGUCAUAAUGUAUGUAGAGCACGAUCUUGAGUAUGUUUACUCAGAAGUAGAGCACAAUCUUGUGUUAGUGGGAUGUAAUUGUAAAGGAAGUAUACAUAGGACACAGUAUACAUGCAGACACAGAGGACUAUGUGACCAGAGGAGUUUUCUGAGAACCUUGUUGAAAUACUGACUUUUCCACAAAAAGAAACUUUCUGCGACAAUGUUACAAUGACUACAAGCUGCACUUUCCAGUGAAGUCCACUUGAAUUCAAUAGGCUUAUCUGUUUUUAUCUGUGGAGAACUGUGGCCAUCAUCCAUGGUGUUUUUAUUUUUUGUUGUGAAUACGAGUGUCUUGGGAUGACUCCUGCUAUUAGAAAGUGUGCCAAAUUGUAUUUUUAAACCAAUUUUAAAGUGAACAAUUUUUUCGAGAUGUAUCAAUGAAGAAUAAGAAGGGAAGAUUUUAAUCAGGGCAAAUAAGAAACAAACCUGCUGAAAAUUAAUUUUUGCUGAUGCCAGCAUUUGUAUAGCAUGGACAGAAAUGUCUUGCAGCUCACCUUUUGCUGAAUUAUUCAAAAAUAUCUACUUUAAUUAAUGAAGGAAAACUGCCAUAAGAUACACAUCUAAGCAAUUGCAAGAACAUUUAAUUAACACCAUAUGUACAGUGGUUAUAAUUGUUGCUGUAAAAUGAGCAAAAGACAUCCAAGAGGAAAACUGCUCUAAAACAUCACUGA